UGCAAUGGGGGCGGAGAAAUGACCACGCCCCCGGCUGGGCGGGGCGUCAGAUCUUUAAUUUCCAGGCGCAGGUGGCAAGACUUUGGGAUCCCAGGUUUUGGCGAUGGCGCUUCGCUGGGGCAUCGUGUCAGUCGGCCUUAUCUCCAGCGACUUCACGACCGUGCUGCGAACGCUGCCUCGCUCCGAGCACCAGGUGGUGGCGGUAGCGGCUCGAGACCUGAGCCGGGCGAAGGAGUUUGCGAGGAAACAUGACGUCCCCAAGGCCUAUGGGUCCUAUGAGGAGCUGGCCAAAGACCCGAAUGUGGAGGUGGCCUACAUUGGCACCCAGCACCCCCAGCACAAGGCCGCAGUGUUGCUAUGCCUGGCAGCGGGCAAGGCCGUCCUGUGCGAGAAGCCCAUGGGCGUGAACGCUGCGGAAGUUCGCGAAAUGGUUGCCGAAGCCCGAUCCCGAGGCCUCUUUCUUAUGGAGGCCAUCUGGACCUGCUUCUUUCCUGCUGUACAGGCUCUGAGGUCGGCUGUGUCUCAGGGAAUUCUGGGGGAUCUCCGGGUGGCUCGGGCAGAAUUUGGGAAGGACCUCACCCAUGUACCCCGGGCCAUAGACAGAGCCCAGGCUGGUGGUGCCCUGCUGGACAUUGGCAUCUACUGUGUCCAGUUCAUCUCUAUGGUCUUUGGUGGGCAGAAGCCAGAGAAGAUUUCAGCCGUGGGAAGACUCCAUGAAACAGGUGUGGAUGACACUGUCACCGUGCUCCUCCAGUACCCAGGAGAGAUCCACGCCAGCUUUACCUGCAGCAUCUCUGCUCAGCUCUCCAACAUGGCCUUUGUGAGCGGUACCAAGGGCAUGGCCCAGAUUCUCAACCCCUUCUGGUGCCCAACAGAGCUGGUAGUGAAGGGAGAGCAUGAGGAGUUCCCGCUGCCCCAAACCCCAAGCAAGGAGUUCAAUUUUACAAAUGGAGCAGGCAUGGUUUAUGAGGCCAAGCAUGUCCGGGAGUGCCUGCAAAAGGGCCUGAAGGAAAGUCCUGUGAUUCCCCUGGCGGAAACCGAACUCCUGGCUGACAUCCUUGAAGAAGUAAGGAAGGCCAUCGGAGUCACCUUCCCCCAAGACAAACGCUGAUGCAUGCCGUGAAUAAAUAAAGACAUGGCUCCUACAGAGAUCUUGGCAAUGGUGGUUUGGUGGGAGCUGGAGCAAAGAGGUCACCAAAGGGGACACUAGAGAAUAAAUCUGGUAGAAGAAUAUGGGGAGGGGGAGGAAGGCAGGGUCAGGACCACAUUUCUCACAAGCUCUUGGAGCAGACACCUAUGGGCAGAUCCUUGGUUUGCCUACCAUACCCUGUGUGACCCUGGGCGAGGAAUUGUGUGUGGGUAGGAGGUGUGUCCCUAACUGCACUCUCCUGCAGCCUCUCCCCACCCCUGUUUCCUCAUCAGCUGAGGAGAGACAUAGUACUAACCACCCUCUGGUGAGGAUUAAAUGAGAUGAUAUAUGAACAGCCUCUGGUGCACGGUACAUUCUCAACAAAUGUUAACUGAUGGCCCUUCACUUUGAGGUCAGGCCUUUCCCAAAUUGGUCUCUAGAAGCUCCAGGCCUCCAUUAUGGUAUAAAACUCAU